AUGUCGGAGCGCAGCCACGAGUCCGCCCAGGCUGGUGUCAAGCGCCUCGAGGCCAUCUCGUCGACAUGGUCAAAGACUGGCCUCUACGUCGCGUACAUCGGCAUCGGAUUGCUGGCCUACGCCACGUCGCUGGAGGGUCAAACGACGACCAACCUCACCAUCUUCGCCACGAGUGCUUUCAAAGCACACUCCCUAGUAUCGACCGUCCUCGUCGUCCAAGGAGUCGUGCUCUCGGUCGUUAAACCGCCAAUGUCCAAGAUUGCGGAUGUCUUCGGGCGGUUCGAAGCAUUCGGUCUCUCAGUCCUCUUUUACGUCAUUGGAUUCAUUCAACAAGCGGCCUCCAACAGUGUCAACACCUAUGCGGCGGCUCAAAUCUUCUAUUCUGCAGGUCAGACGGGUCUGCAAAUUCUUAUUCAGAUCUUCAUUGCCGACACCAGCGAUCUGGUCAAUCGAGCGCUCUGCUCGACCAUUCCUGACAUCCCUUUCCUGGCCAACGUAUGGCUUGGGCCCGCUUUGGCAGAGACUAUCCUUACCAAACUCAACUGGAGAUGGGGAUAUGGUAUCUGGUCGAUCAUACUGCCAAUUGCGUUCUUGCCACUCGCACUGGCGCUCGUCAUCAACCAACGCAAGGCCGCCAUGCGCGGUAUCUUACCGUCUUCGCCUUUUGAUGGCGAGUCCUGGUGGGAGAUGGUGAAGACCCUGUGGUUUGAGCUCGACUUCUUCGGCCUGCUUCUUAUCUGCGUGGCCUUUACAUUGAUUUUGAUACCUCUCACGCUAGGAUCGAAAGCUGGCUGGAACAACCCGAACCUGGUCACGAUGCUGGUCGUUGGUGCUGCCUGCCUAGUCGCCAUACCUUUCUGGGAGAGAAGCAAAACGCUGGCACCCCAUGCCUUCUUUCCUCGCGCAUUCUGGAAGAACAAGACGAUCAUGGCUGGGCUUGCACUUUCGUUCUUCUACUUUAUGGCUUUCUACCUUUCGGUCUAUCCGUACUUCCAGUCAUAUCUACUGGUUGUGCAAAAUCUCCCCCUCACGAAAGCUGGUCGUAUCGUACAGACGUUCACCUUCACCUCAACCAUCACCUCGAUCGUCAUCUCCUUUGCGAUCAAGUACACGAAGCACUACAAGAAGUACAUGGUGGCAGGGACUAUCCUCUAUGUCAUUGGCUUGGGACUCAUGAUACGUUAUCGAACCGAAGACUCGUCGCCAACCGUUAUCGUUGGGACACAGAUCUUCCUCGGCGUCGGCGGCAGCUUGACCCACGUUCCUGCGCAGCUUGGCGUGCAGGCAUCUGCGAGCCAUUCAGAGGUUGCAGCAGCUACUGCACUGUUCCUUACAUUCCUAGAGAUCGGUGGCGCGGUCGGUUCAGGGAUCUCGGGCGCGAUCUGGACAUCGAACGUGCCCAAAAAGCUGGCCAUGUAUCUGCCAGAAGAGACGAAAGACCAAGCGAGUGAAAUAUUCGGCAACAUCACACUUGCGUCGACAGGAUGGCCCAUGGGAAGCCCAACUCGCAUGGCAAUCAACCAAGCAUAUCAGGAGACGAUGACCAUGAUCCUGACGGUGGCUGUCUGCGUGGCGCUCCCAUGUAUAGUACUGAGCUUGUUGAUGACAGACUACAAGCUUGAUGAGAUAGACCAGGGCGUGAAGGGAGUCGUGAUUGGUGGUACACAAGAAAGGGUCGACCAUGGGGAAACGGAGCCGUUCGCAGGCCCGUCGUCUACGAGAUUGAUGAGCACACAAGGAGAAGACGAAGACGAUGACGAGGAGCAUGGUGAGGACCGACAGAACUCGUCGAGAACGCGAUUACUCGGCAGCAGGAAAGCGUCAUGA